CCGGCGCCGCGUUACCAUCACAACCGAGUACAGCCGCACCCGUGGUAAUGACGAACCAACAACUAGCAUUCAUCAUACAAUCUUUACGGGCGCAGCCGCCUACGCAGGGCGCGCUGCCACCGUCAACGACUGUGAGUACAAAUUUAGCUAAAUGUACGGCAAGAUACAAUGGAGUCGCCGAUGUUCUGGCGUUCAUAGACUCUGUGCAGAUUUAUAAGGAGUGUGUAGGCGUUAGCGACGAUAUUGCCUUAAGAGGCCUGCCAAUGCUACUGACGGACUUUGCAGCGACCUGGUGGCAGGGCGUUAAGCAUUCAGUUUUGAGUUGGCAGGAAGCAAUUAGCUUACUUCGGCAAACGUUUGGGCCACGCCUCCCGCCGCACAGAAUUUAUCGGGAGAUAUUCAGCCGGGAGCAACGGGAGGAGCGCACCGAUGUCUUUGUGUGUAGAGUCAGAGCCCUUAUUGCCCAGUUAGCUCCAAAUACUCUACCUGAGAAUCCAGUACAGCUCGAUAUGGUAUAUGGGCUGCUCCAUAAGAGAAUUCGUGAGAAGAUAGUAAGGACUGCCUUCACAUCGUUCACGGAGCUGCUGCAACAAGCACGGGUAGUAGAGGAGGUCCUAGAGGAAGGCAGUGCGGUGGCUCCUACUGGGAAAAAUACAUCUACAUGUGCCUACCCGUCACCGUCUGCGGCACAGGCUUCAACCUCUCCACCAGCUUCUGAUGUGAAACCAGAAAAAGCCUCACAGAGCAAGCCGAGACCACGGUGCUCUUUUUGUAAGAUGUUCGGCCACGUCAAGGAGGACUGCCGCCGAAUCAAGAACAAGCUCACUCCAGCUCCCGUCAAGAGUGAACCUGCCGCAGCAGCGUCGGAGCUGCGCCCAGCCAUAACAUGUUUUGGUUGCGGUGCACCCGGCGUUAUACGAUCCAAUUGCAAGACGUGUAAAGAAAAGAACACUCCACCACCGUCAACGACAGCGUUUCAAUCAGUGUCCGUAGGUGAAUUCGUGCUAAGCCCGCGUGUGCGUCCAAUAUUUAACAUUGAAGUGUUCGGGGCUAUAGGUACGGCACUGCUCGAUACCGGUGCAAAGCAAUCAGUGGCUAGUGAUAGUUUAGCAAAGCAUUUAAGGUCAAAUGGCCAAGUGUUCAAUAGUGUAGAAACUGAAUUGCGUUUUGCGGACGGAAGUCAACGAGUCCAGGUUGUAGAGACGGCUUUAGUAAAUGUAAAGGUGCAGGAAGUGGAGGUGUCAACCCUUUUUAUGGUCUUGCCUGGUGCUAUAGACUCCCUAUUAGGAAUGAAUUUUAUUAGGGACGCUGGCAUGGUACUUGAUUUUCAAAAAAAUAGGUUUUCGUUACGGUCGACAGAGUUCCAGGAACUAAUGUAUGAAACCACUAACCACGCGGUGGUUAGUGCUGCGGUUACCCUUCGUGAAGGCGAAGGCACUCUCUUAUGUCCAGCUGAUAAAGAGCAAUUGAGUAGGCUAUUAGAAGAGAAUAAGGAAAUCUUUGGUGCAGGGGGAGGGCCGACGCCCUUUGCUAUGCAUAGAAUCGAUACAGGGAACACCGCGCCCAUUUCAACCCCACCGUAUCGGGUUACCCCCAUUUUGCCCCAAAGGUUUGAAGUCCUCGCUAUGGACUUAUUUGGCCCACUACCGGAAGGUAGCCAGGGGGAGAAAUAUAUAUUCCUUGUAGAAGACACCGCAAGCAGAUGGGUGGAAUUGAUUCCUUUGACUGACGCCACUGCCGAGAGUUGUGCCAGAGCCCUUAUUGAGGAAGUGUUCCUACGCUAUGGGUUUCCGCGCCGUGUCAUCUCGGACAAUGGGGUCCAAUUCGUUUCAGCGGUGAUGCAGAAGGCCCUGCACGUUCUCGGGGUGAACCAGAACUUAACUCCAGUGUACCACCCCGAAGCUAACCCAGCUGAACGGAAAAAUCGAGAAAUGAAACAGAUGCUGGCGAUGAUGAUCGAUCCUGAGCAUCGUCGUUGGCCGGAAGCAUUACCUUCGGUGCGCUUUGCGCUUAAUACGGCACCUAACCAGGGCACAGGACACUCCGCCGCGUAUUUAACCUUUGCGCGCGAGUUCCGGUCUCCCCUAGAUGUAGCCUGCGACCUGAGGGCAGUUGUAGAGCAGGAGAACUACGUACCACAAAUCACGCCGUACUUGAGGGACUUCGUAGAGCGCCUACAGGAAGUGAAGUGGCGAGUCGAACGGCAACAAGAUCUUCGGAAGGAGUCCGCAGAUAAAGCCCGCCGUCCAGGGCCAACCUACAAAGAGGGUGACCUCGUUCUACUGGAAAGUCACCGUGCUAGUCAGGCGGUGAAAGGUUUUACUUCCAAGUUUGCUCCCCGACGGGAAGGCCCGUAUCGGGUUAGUAGGGUUAUCUCCCCCACCACGUAUGAGGUGGUCGAUGGUGAGGGCACGCCUCGGGGCAAGUACCAUGCCAGCCUCCUGACCCCGUAUGCAGGAGGUUGUGGGGCCAUUACUCAUGCCCGAAAGAAGGGUAGGCCCCGGAAAACAGCUAGUCCCAAGCCAGCUCCAGAAUCUUCUGCUGGCUUGGAGGGAGAGGAUAUAGUACCCAGGUCGAACCCCGCUUCACGCCCCUGUCGUAUGCGGCGAGCGCCGGUUCGUUAUGCAGCCCCUCUUCCCUCACACCCCUCUAGUAGCUAGGCGCUCACCCCCUCAGUCCGUCCUGGUCGCUCGUGCCUGUGCGCAGGACAGCGGAGCCGCGUAAAUUGUUCUCGUAGUCAAUAAUAGGUUGUUUUUUCUAUUUAAUACAGUGUUUAUCCACUUACACGGGUUUCUUUUAUUACUUAC